GUACCAGGUCAGAUUGGAGACAUGUACUUCAUACUGAAGAAGGAGACGGGGGAGCAAGUACCACCCUCUGAAAAAGUGCGUUUUGAAAAAUUUAACACCCACGGAGAAUAUGUCAAACAUAUGCAAGACUCGGUUGUGUCGCCACUCCUGACAGUGCAGGGAAGUCUGCUUCAAGCUACUAUAGCUGCAGAUAGUAGCCGGAAGGUGCGGUUGACCGCGUCUAUCCUGUCUAAGGUGCCAAAGAAGACGUCGACCUCACCUGACAACUUUGUUAAUAGCUGUUUACACUCAAACUUUAGAGGUAAUAAGUACACUGAGCACGGGAAACUGUAUGAACCUGUAGCUAGAGCGGCAUACCAACAGAAGACUGGGAGGGUGGUGACCCUGUGUGGCGCUGUCGUGAGUGCGACACACCCAUUUCUUUCGGCAAGUCCGGAUGGCCUUUCAGGACAUGACAGCAUCCUUGAAAUUAAAUGCCCCGCAACUGGCAACUGCAGAAAAUACAUUCGGGAAACAAGAGACUAUGAUGUCAAAGUCAUUAGAGCCGAGGGAAGUGGGGAUGACAACGACGACGAGGACGACAAUGAUACUUACUUCCUUGCCAAAAAUGGAAAGCGGGGUUUCUACUUCCAAGUCCAGUUCACAAUGUUCUGCACUGAGAGAACCCGUUGUUUCUUCUAUGUGUGGUCCCUUGAUAAGGACGUCCUUUUUGAAGUGGAUUAUGACCAAGACUUUACAAUUGACCACAUCACCCGCUUUUCAGACUUCUAUUUCCAGCACUACCUGCCGAGACUGGUGAAUGCCGUACACGAUCAUACCGUUGUCCUGUCUGAUGAGUAUGCUGCAUUAGCUAAUAUGAAGUGA